AUGAGAACGAUGGCUCUUCUCAAACUUCUUCUUCUCAUGCUGUGGCUUGGUCUCGCUACGAGCUCGGAGCUGCAUCGUCAGAGGAGAGUCAUUGGAGGUGCGACGUGUGGAACAACCGAGCGUCUGUACCAUGUGAAACUGGAGGCGACAGGUGGAGGGAGUACAGGUCGCUGCGGAGGCUCUCUGAUCAGUCCCCAGUGGAUUCUCACUGCAGCUCACUGCUGGAAACCCGGGAGGACCAUGUCUGCAACCGUAGGAGUUCACCCGGGUCCAGGAGAGCAGCCGCAAGUCAUUACUGAACAUCACAUCUUUCAGGACCAAAAUCGGAGGAGUCAUGACAUCAUGCUGCUGAAGCUGCCUAAUCGGUUGCCGGAUCGGUCUGCACUUGUAGCCCUUCCUGACUGUCGAACUCCGCCCACCUUAGGAGAUUGCGUUCGGGCGGCAGGAUAUGCUUCUGAUCGGAUGGGCCCAAACAAUAGAAGAAUACCUGGUGAGUCCAGGACUCUUCAAUGUGCCAACUUUGACAUUGUGGACUGCACAAAUCUCCGGAACAUUAUGAACAUCGAUGCCCAGGACCCUCUGAACAUCUUUGCACAAGCCACACGGUAUCAGCACUGGUUCUGCAUUCAAAGCCCUGGAAAGGACAUAUGUCUAGGAGACUCUGGUGGAGGUGUGGAGUACGACCACAAGAUUUAUGGAGUCAUUUCUUUCACCGGUAGUCUUAGGCUCGCCUGUACCCAAGCAGCUGGCAUUAUGGACGUUUGCAGAUACAUCGAUUGGAUCAAGGAAACCAUCAAGGAGCCCAGAUGUAAAUUAAACUGUAUUGGAUAACUGCAUAUAUUUGGAAAUGCUGUGCAUCUGCUCCAACUUCAUUCUUUCCUAAUAUCGAACUUCCAAAAUAUUGCUUGCCUAUAAAGUCUCAUCAUUCGAGAUGUUGUUCUCUCACGUCUCUCAGUGCAGAUGAAAAUAAAUGGAACUGCUUUGACAAAAGAAAAACUGUACACUGACUUUCAUUACAUUUUCAAGAAUACCUUUUAAUGACUGGAAUAAUCAUCAAUAACAUGUAAUGAAAUCUACAAAAGAGUUGAGCAGC